AUGCAUUCCAACGUGUUAGAAAUUUACACCAUUUCUGUCACAAAUUUAAAUGAUACCACGGAAAUUAUUGGUCUUGUGGGAGAACCUCUGUUUUCCGGGGAUGACAGACAUUUCAUGACCGUCACGACUGAUGUGGUGCUACUUCCGGAAAAUCGGUAUGAAAUGACGAUAAUUUAUUUAGCCCCGAUCAGCACAACUAGCUGGGAUGGAUUGUAUCUUAGCUAUUACACUGGGACAGAUGGAACAAUGAAACGUAUCGCCACUACACAAAUGCAAGUUUAUCACGCGAGACAGCUCUUUCCCUGCUUCGACGAGCCGGGAUUGAAGGCCGUCUUUAAUUUGAAAGUUAUCCAUAAAAUGAAUUACACCACGGUAUUGGGAAACAGUGACAUAGCGACUGUCGAACCAUUCUCAAUUCCGGGUUGGAAUAAGACCACCUUUAAUCCCACUGUUCCCAUGUCUACGUAUCUUUUUGCCACGAUUGUUUCCGACUUAGACUACAUCGAAGCGCCGGAAGGACUUGCUAAUUUUCCUGUCAGGACCUAUGCCCCUCCUCCCGUCAUAGCACGAGGUGGUGGCAACUACUCGGCGGAAAUUGCGGCGAAAUUGUUAACGUUCUUUGACUCAUAUUUCGGCACGACGUAUCGCAUGCCUAAAAUGGACUCGGUCCAUAUACCGCAUUACAAUUCUGCAAUGGAAAACUAUGGCCUAAACAUUUACCGCGAAGAUUAUCUUAUCUAUUACCCCGACGAGACUCUGGAAACUGGAAAAAACUUGUUGACGACCAUUAUCUCCCACGAAUUAGCCCAUCAGAACUUUGGCAACCGAGUUUCUUGUAAAUGGUGGGAUGAACUAUGGUUGAACGAGGGCUUCGCUACAUACGUCUCCUUCCUCGGCGUAGACGCGGUCCGGCCGGAAUUUCGCCACCGAGAGUUUAUUCUCAACGAUGCCUUCCAGUACUCGAUGAAAGUUGACGUUUCGGCCCGUUCGCAUCCCAUCGUAAACGAUGCCGUCACUCCAGACCAGGUGGAUUCCUACUUUACCGGAAUAACCUAUGAAAAGGGAGCCUCAGUUAACCGCAUGACAGAGAACUUCCUCACGGAACCGACAUAUCGAAGGGGGCUGCAGUAUUAUUUGAGCAACAAGACCUACCAGGCGGUCACUGGGGACGAUUUGUUCCACUAUUUGAACGUUGCAGCACAAGAGGACAACCGACUUCCGGAAGGAGUUACAGUUAAGAGGAUUCUUGACUCGUGGACGCUGCAGAAGAGUCAUCCCCUUGUCCGCGUGAGUGUAAGAGAUCGGGAUAGUGUCUACAUUUCUCAAGAGCGGUAUGCCGAUCCUGAUAGUGUUGCCCUCUGGUGGGUUCCCGUCACCGUGGUGACACAGGACGCCCCAGUUUUGGAGAAUUGGAUCCCGAAAAUCUGGCUGGAGGCGGAUGUUCCGAUUAAGAUAAUGAAUCAUGAUAUAAUGAAGUGGAUCAUGGUCAAUGCGGAUGCGACAGGCUAUUACAGAGUAUUAUACGACGACUGGUUCACUGGACUUAUUAUCAAACAGUUGAAUAGUGAUGCCACAAAAAUAUCUCCUUUGAGUAGAAGUCAAUUGUUGGAUGACUACUUUAAUUUGGCAUUCUUGGGUAAAGUAGAGAUCGAGACAGCUCUAAGUUUGACGGAAUACUUAGACCAAGAAGAUCAUUUUGUCGUGUGGGAAGUUGUAUUUACACAAUUACGACAGGGCUAUAUAUUCGCGCAGUCGCAAGAAGAAAUCGACGCUUAUAGGGUGAAAUGAUUAAAAUUUGACUGUAGGCAUUUGCAUUACGACGAGUAUAUUAAUUAUUUUUUCAUUAUCUUUUUUAAUUAAAGAAUACAAAUAACGAUAAUUUUUAUUAUCUCGUUCCAGAACUAUUUAUCUAGCAGUCUAAACCUUGCCCUCGAACGCAUCGGCAUUGAACAAAACGAUACCGUCCAUAUAGGUGCAGCUGGAAUUCUACGAUCCAAACUGAUCGAUUGGGCAUGCGCGCUCCGACUUAAUUCUUGUACCAGUUAUGCGUUGCAGCAUUACGCCGCAUGGCAGGAAGGAUCCCAAGGGACAUUGAAGCCUCGAUAACUUGUUCAAUUGUUGCUAAUAACGGUAUUAACGGGACGAUUUUUAUGUUGGAAAAGUAUAAUACUACUAGGAUUGAAAAUCCAGCAAAACUGAGAUAUUUGAACGCAUUGGCGUGCUUGAAAACUGUUCAAGCUCUGUAUUACGUCCUCGAACUGGCUUUAGAUGAUUCUGUUAUUGAAAAAGCGCAUGCCCUUUUGGUCUUCCAAAGAGUCGCCAUGAACAACCAGGGUCGCACUGCCGUGAUAGAAUUCCUUAAGGAUGAGCAUAGAAUGAUUAUUGAUCGCAUUGGGGGAGGAAGUGCAGAACCGAUUAGGGCCAUCAUCGCCAGCUUGGGUCAGCACGUGUCAAGGCAUAAAGAUUUGGAUGAGUUGCUACAAUUUGUCACGGAUAAGGCGGCUGAUCUUGUCGAUAUCAGGGAAUCUCUAUAUCCGUACUUUAACAUGAUUCGAUCCAACAUUGCGUGGAAGAUAAGGUUUGGAAAGUCCAUCUACGAGUGGAUGACAGAACAUCAGACAACGCAACCAACAGGGACCGUACCGACAUCGACCACUCCCACUUCAACCACUCCUGAUGUAACUGCCUCUAUUGAAACCUCGCCCACUGUGACCACGCCUACUGUGACAACCUCCAUUGCAACAACCACUCUCUCAACAUUCUCUACUCCAACCACCCUUAGUGAAACAACUCCCAUUGCAACCACCCCGAGUUCUGCAACAUUAAUUUAUCCAUCAAUUACAUUUCUUAUUUCUGCAUUUGUUACGGUAUCCAAAUUAUUCUAAAGAAACAUCAUACAGCAGAAUUUAACACCUAUUUCUUCUCAUGCAGCCAGAAUUUAACUAUAAAUUCGUUUUUAAGCCUAUAAAUUUAAUUCCGUAAGAACUGAACCCCAUAGUUGACUAUAAUAAACAUGUGGAUUUCUUUUAAA